AUGGGGGGAGGGGUGAGUACCGCGACAUGCUGGGACACCAGGACGCCCUCUGCUCCUCCUCGCGUCGGCCCGAACCCCUGGAUCGUUCAGCAGAACCUCCGUCGGCCAUCGCGCGUUCCCGUCGGGGUCGGAUGCUACUUUCAGAUCUGCCACGGGGGAAGGAUCAAGGUAAGGGAGAUCGCAAGUGACAGCCCAGCGUCGGAGUGCGAGAAGAUCAGAGUAGGAGACGAGCUAGUCCGGGUCGACUCCAUCGACAUCCAGGGGAAGUCGCUCUCGCAGCUGAGCAGUCAUGUGCUAGGUCAACAAGGUUCGUGGGUGAAGCUAGAGUUUGUCAGUGUACGAGAUCACCAGCACUACACGGUGGUGCUGAUGCGGGAGAAGCGCUCUGUACAGUCUGCAGGAUCCUUUGAGGAGGAGUGGGAGAUGUCUUUGAACGCUCUCAGAGUCUGA